UAAUUAUAUCCUAUAAUAAAAAAAAAGAAAUUCAACUUUAACACUCAAAAAUAUUUCAUUGUUAUUUGUUGCAGUAUCGUAACAAAUAAUUUUGGGGGCUUGUCCGGGAAUCGAAAACCAAAUUUGAAACUAAAACCAAUUUGAGACGAAAGUCAGUUUGAAACAAAAACCAAUCUGAAUUGAAAACAUUUUGGAAAUUUUUGGAAAGUUCUAGAAUAUACUGUACUGUAUUAUUACUUGCUUGUAUUUGUGUAUAUUCCACCAUGGCUACAUUUGAUGUUGAAGAAUUUCUUGCAAUGACAGAAUUGUCAUGUGAUCAUUUGAAGUCACUGAAGAAAGAUGAUUUGAUAACAGUUUGUGAUCAUUUGGGUGUAUCUCUAGCCCCAGGUUUAAAGAAGGCAGGGAUAGUUGACUUGUUAGCUAGUCAUAUGAAGCUUACAGAGGAGUCUGAAACUUCUGUAAUUGUAUCAGACGAUGCUCAGAUUCAACUGGCAAAGUUUGAAAUGGAAAUGAAAAUGAAAGAAAAUGUUGAGAAGGAAAGAAUCAGAGAAAACCUUGAAAUGGAGAAAAUAAACAUUGUAAAGGAGAGAAUGAGAUUGGAGUACCAGUUAAAGUUGAAAGAAAUGGAGUUAGCUCAUGCAAAUAGUAAUACUAACUCUGUUAAAGAUAAAUCUCCCCAAGGCUUUGAUGUGGCGAAAAACAUUCGCCUUGUGCCAAAAUUUGAUGAAGAGGGAGUUGAUACAUAUUUUGUGUCAUUUGAAAAAGUGGCCAAGAGACUGAAUUGGCCCGAGGAAUACUGGACUCUUCUCCUCCAAAGUGUUUUUGUUGGAAAGGCUGCAAAAGUCUAUUCUUCGCUCUCUGAAAUGCAAUCAUGUGACUAUGCUACAGUGAAAGAAACAAUUCUCAAUGCAUAUGAGUUGGUACCAGAAGCAUACAGACAUAAAUUUAGGAACAUGCAAAGACAAUCAGGCCAGACGUAUGUUGAAUUUGCUAGGGAACAAGAGAUGAUGUUCGAUAGGUGGUAUAGAUCACUGAAAGUUGACAAAGAUUUUGUUCACCUUAGGGAAGUUGUCCUCCUAGAAGAAUUCAAAAAGAGUCUUCCUUUUGGCAUUAAAUCUCACUUAGAUGACCAUAGAGUUACUGAAGUCAGUAAAGCAGCCAUAGUAGCUGAUGAAUUUGAGGUCACACAUAAAAGUAGUGGAGAUAGGCCUCCUUUCAAGAAUUAUUGGAAAAAGAAAGGUAAAGGGUCAUUUGAAUCCCACAAUAAACCUAGUGAGGGAAAAUAUGCAAGCAAGGAAAAAGACACUAACAAGAAUCAGGCUAGUGGGGGCACAGAAUCAACCAAAAGGUCCGAGAGUCGUAGUUCCAAAAUUUGCACUCAUUGUCAUAAAUCGGGACAUUUGAAAGAAUCAUGUUGGAAAUUGGUUGGAAUGCCAACCAAAGUUAAGAAAGACAUGGGUUUUGUCAAGCAAACAAGUGUUCCCUCGAUGGAGUUUGUUCCAUUAGAGCCCAUUCGAGAGGUUGAGAGUGUUUCUCUAGUAUUUGCUGAUAAAGUCAAGCAGGUUGAUGAAACCUUUAGAAGUUUUCUGUAUGAUGGUGAAGUAUCCCCUUGUUCGACUGGUGCUGCUGGUAGGUCAGUGGUGAUCCUUAGGGAUACAGGGGCUGCACAGUCCCUGAUGGUGCCAGGGGAUUUGGCUCUUCCUCCGGAGAGUUCAGAGAAUGCCAAAGUCUUAGUUCAAGGUAUUGGCCCAAAUUUCAUGUCGGUUCCUUUGUAUAAGGUCGACUUAAAGUGUGACCUAGUUAGUGGUCCUGUGACUGUUGGUGUCGUUCCUGAAUUACCCAUGAAAGAUGACAUUUUGAUGAGGAAGUGGAGACCUCCCCGGAGACCAGCUGAUGAAGAUUGGUGUAUAAUUCACCAGGUUGUAGUUCCUCCUUGUUACCGCACAGAUAUUCUGAAAAUGGCUCAUGAGUUACCUAUGGCAGGUCAUGUCGGUAUUCGGAAGACAGAAGAUAGAAUUAUGAGGCAUUUCUAUUGGCCUAAGAUGCACAAAGAUGUUGUGCAUUUCUGUAAGACAUGUCACACAUGUCAGAUUAUUGGCAAGGCACAGCCUUCUAUCAAGCCUGCUCCAUUGAUACCCAUUCCUGCAUUUGAUGAACCUUUUACAAGGGUUCUUGUUGAUUGUGUCGGACCCUUACCCAGAACGAGGUCGGGUCACAUAUUUCUCCUGACGAUUAUGGACUUGUCUACACGGUUUCCAGAGGCGAUACCUUUGAGGAGUAUCACUGCAAAGACAGUGGUGCAGGCAUUAGUGUAGUUUUUCACUAGGUAUGGUCUGCCGAAGGAAAUUCAGUCUGACCAAGGGUCAAAUUUCAUGUCAGGAAUAUUUCAGCAAGUUAUGAAGGAGUUGGGAAUAAAGCAGAUCAAGUCCUCUGCUUAUCACCCACAGUCCCAAGGGGCGUUAGAACGCUAUCAUCAGACCCUGAAGACUAUGAUUAGGGCUUAUUGUGAAGACUAUCCCGAUGACUGGGAUAAAGGGAUCUCAUUCCUACUGUUUGCAACUAGGGAUUCCCCUAAUGAGUCCACAGGUUUCAGUCCAUUUGAAUUGGUCUAUGGUCAUGAGGUUAGGGGUCCCCUAAAGCUUAUCAAAGAGAGGUUUUUGGUUCAGGAUGAUGAUGUAAACCUUCUAGACUAUGUAUCAAAGUUUAGAGAAAGGCUCUCAAAAGCUUGUGAUGUGGCUAAGGAACACUUGAAAGAGUCGCAGGGAAAAAUGAAAGCUCACGCUGACAAAAAUGCAAAAGAACGAAGUUUCAAGCCUGGAGACAAAGUGUUAGUGUUGUUGCCUUUGCAAGGUGAGCCCUUGAAAGCUAGGUUUAGUGGUCCCUAC